AUGGCGACCUCGACCUCUUUGACAGAGGGUAUGCUAUCCUCCGUCCUUUCUGGUCUGACUUUACAUUUCCUUUUUCAAAGACUGGAGAAGACGCAGAGUCUCUGGCUUAUUCAACAACUCGUCAUCGUAACGCCACUCCUUCCAUCCUAUUUCUUCUUAGGUCGUUUCGAGCGAUGGCCAUGGCUUUGGGCAUUGCUCGUGGGCUACACGACUUGCUACACCUCGUUAUUUACCUCCAUAUUAAUAUACCGUUUGUCUCCUUUUCACCCACUUGCACAGCAUCCAGGUCCUCUCCUAGCGAGAUGCACUAAAUUUUGGCUAGUGUACCACACCUAUCCAGGCAAGAUACACUUGAAGUACAAGGAGUUGCACCGUCGGUAUGGGCCCAUUGUCAGGACAGGGCCAAAUGAAUUAUCGAUAUGUGAUGUUGAUGCAAUCCCUUCUGUCUUGGGUAAAGAUGGGAUGGGGAAAGGGCCUAUCUGGGAAGUAAGGAAGUUGCCAAAUUCGGACGAAAUUGCCCACAUUGGCAUGCGGAACACGACGAAACACUUGCAAAGGCGAAAAUUGUGGAACAGGGCAUUCGCUACGAGUAGUAUCAAGGAGUAUGAGCCUAUCAUGCGAAAUAGGCUAUUGCAACUUUUGGGGAACCUCGAUAAUGAAGCAGACAAGGGGAGGAGUGUUGAUCUAGCAAAGUGGAUGUCUUACUUUGCAUACGAUUUCAUGGGAGACAUGGCUUUCGGAGCAGGUUUUGAGUUGAUGCGAGACGGUGAUACACAAGGUCUCUGGAAGAUUAUGGAAGAUGGGCUUCUAGUAUUUGCGUUGACACAACACGUAGUAUGGCUCAAUAAGCUCUUAUUCAGCAUCCCCGGCAUGGCUUCCGUAGCAGCCUCCCCUGCAAUCAAAUUACAAGAUUUUGUUUUCAAGACAGCGGCGGCACGACGGGAGCGUGGCACAGCGCUCAUGGGACGAGAUAUCAGUACCUACCUGUUGGACGAAGGAAGCCCAGACCCGAAACCACUAAAUUUUGAUGCUUAUGCAAACGAGGCGCUGUUGGCCAUCAUUGCAGGCUCAGACUCUGUUGCGAGCACUUUGAGCUGUGCACUAUACCAUCUCAUCUGUGACAAGGCGAAUUUCUCGCGGCUUCGAGCUGAGAUCGACGAUUCAUUCCCGAUUCAGAAUGGCCAGGCUCCCCACGAAGAUCCAGCCAAGUUGAUGCACAUGCCCUUCCUGAACGCUGUCAUCGACGAAACACUACGAUUGUAUUCCCCCGUCUCUACAGGCCUUCAACGGGCUCCGGAGCUGGGUACUGGUGGGAAGAGUGUAGGAUCGGUAUUCGUCCCAGAGGAUACACCCGUCGUCAUCCCAUCUUAUGUUAUCCAUCGCGACCCAAGAUACUUCAGUCCCCGCCCCGAAGAAUAUUGGCCGGAUCGUUGGAUUACUGAGGAUAAGAAUGUCGAAACGAACAGGGAUGCGUUCAUACCCUUUUCCACAGGUCCUAUGAAUUGCGUCGGGAAGUCGCUCGCUCAACUAGAACUUCGAGCUGUCAUUUCGACUUUGGUGCAACGCUAUGAUAUGGAGUUUGACCGGGAAGGGAAUUGGACGGAGCAGCAGUGGUUGGACGAGUUGCUGGAUUUCUUUGUGUUGGUGAAAGGUGAAUUGCCGGUUGUGCUGAAGAGGAGGGCGAAUUCUGCGUAG